AUGCCGCACGCUGAGAACGAAACCAUGAACGAGAAGCCCCUGACCAACGGCGAAAAGCCAUCGUCGCAGUUCCUCUCCCACCUCCAAUCCUACCCCGUGGUCUCCGACAGCUUCUCCACCUACAAAUCCCACCCCUGGGGCGCCAAGUCCGUCGACCUCGCCAGCUCCACCUACGAGAAAAGCUGGCCCUACCUGCAGGGACCGUUCCGCUAUAUCGCGCCGUACGUCUCCCAGAUCGACCAGCUUGCCGACCACGGCCUCACCCGCGUCGACUCGACCUUCCCCCAGGUGAAGACCCCCACCGACGACAUCAAGGCCGGCGUCCGCGGCUACGUCGGGUAUUAUCUGUACGCCACCUGGGGCGACGAGUAUCAGAAGACGGGCGAGGAGAAGAGCCUCGUGCAUUUCGCGAAGGCGGUCGUGAGCACCGAGUUGAAGGUGGCGGGCGACGUGCUGGCGUUCGCGAAGGAGUGGGUGCAGCAUGUGGGGAAGGAAGCGAAGUCGAAGGCGGACGGCGCGGCUAAUAGCCGGUAA